AUGUUAAGAUGUCAUUUAAGAUACAAUAACAUCCAAAAUAGAACAAUAAAGACAUUGCAUACACCUGUAUAUAAAAUCAAUAAUUCGGAGUACAGAGAGAAUUUAUUGUCAGCUAUAAAACAAUUAGAUUCUAUAUUGAAUUCUUCAUCAUAUAACAAACAAUUAUUAUAUCAAGGCAAGUACAAAUCAUUCCCACAAUUGAUAAAUUCGAAUGAUUCAAUCAAACUUCAAAAAAUAAUAAGGGACUACACAGACUCGUUACAGCUGAAUGAAGCUAAUAAUAAGCUCAAACAGAUAGAUCCUGCCAGCAAAUUGGGUAAAAUUGGAUUACAGUUGUUCUUGGAUACAUAUAAUGGGAAAGUUUCACCACUAGCAACAAGCUUAGCCAUAUCUUUAAUGACACAAUAUAAUCAAUAUCCUCAUCCAGAGACCAUGAAGGGCAUUAAUAUGGCAAUUCGUCAGGUUCAGGAGUAUAUACAAGGAAAUAAAAUAAGUGCUAAUUCGAAGAGUGAAGUAGAUGCCAUAGUAGAUAGGUUGUGUGCUGAUAAUAAAGAUUCAGAGAUAAUUAAAAAAAUAUUGGUAAGUUUAGAUUAUCAAUUGAAGUCAGAUGAAAUAGUCAGAGUAGUAAGGGGAAACAAGACAUUCGAUGAGAUUGAAGUUACCAAAGGUUGGAAAUUUUCAAAUGGUAUAUUGAAUUCAAACGAAGCAUAUUUAAGAUCUCUCGAAAUACCACAGAAAAAAUUGGUUUAUAUUGAUUCAAAACUAUUGGUAUUGGUAUAUGAUGGGGCUCUAAAGGAUGCCAAUAAGAUUUUACCAUCAAUUACAUAUGCAACAAAGUUGAAGAAACCUCUAUUAUUAAUAACUUCAGGGAAUUGCAGUGGUGAUGCGUUAACAUCAAUUAUAAUAAACAAUAAUAAAAACAAACGUCAGGAUAAUCCAAGCAGAACUAUUGUUAUUAGAUAUGAUCCGAAAAACAACAAUGGUUUAAGAUUAGAAGAGAAUCAUAACCUAAUUAAUUUUUUAAAACUUCCAAAUUCAUUGGGAAGUAUAUAUUCCCCAAACUAUAGUGAAUAUGUUCCAAGCAAAAUGUGUGCUGAUCAAUAUUAUGGCGAGCUAGAUUCUCUUAAGGCAACAGUCGAUGAGGCCUUUUUACAUAAUGAGAUAGCUUGGGAAGACGGUCAAGAGUGUAAUCAGAUACAGAAAACUAUCACAUUAAAAAUUGGUGCACAAAGUGAGAUUGAAAUUGAUCAAAGAAUUAGCAAAAUUGAUAAUUUAAUAAAUGAUAUAAUAUGCCAAGGCUUAAAAAGUGGAUUUAUUCCAUCUUAUGGAAUUUCGCUAGCCAAAUGUACGUCUACUUUGAGCGAACUAUUAAAGUCUUCCAUGAACAGUUACAAUAAAAUAGGUAUAGAAUCUGUUCUGAACAUAUUGUAUUCAGAGAUGGAAAAAUCCUUAAAAUCAGUAUAUGGGAUGAAUUCAUUUGAAGCAACAAAAAACGUAUCGAACACAAGCAAUGAUCCAUCAUUUACAAAUGCACAAUUAAGAAUUCAAGAACCUAUACAAGAUGUAACCAAAUUAGGUAUAGUUGAACCAUGGAAUAAAUUGAACGAUUGUUUAAACAACACGAUAACAUUUAUGAAUUUAUUGACGAGCUGUAAUACAAUAAUCUCCAGAGUCUUCGAAAAACCCAAAAAGAAUUAG